AUGGCUAAAAUAGAGUUGUUGGGAUUGAUUUUCAACCAGGGAUUUAGAGCAGUUCCUGAGCUAUUUAGAGCCGUUGAAAAAACAAUAACAGAUUACCAGGGAAAAGAUUGCCUAUCGAAAGAGGAGAACGACCGUCUACAGAAGCUGCUUGAUAUCCUCCUUAAACCAGAGAUACAGUUACAUAGAGCAGGUUUGUUACUCUACGUCUCCACAUUAACGUUUAUUUUAUACACAUGAAAUAAGUAAAUGUUGUUUGUAUAUCAUUCAAGUGAGGGAUAACGUUAGAUAGUUAGCUAGCCAGCUAUUGUUAUUGGAACGUUAGUUAACGUUCCAUUUCACCGCAGUAGAUAGGACAGUAUAUCUAGAUUAUAGAAUCAGAUGAUGGUAGAGAGUAAAGUAUACCCUUUGUUUUUUCCGAUAGUCGAACUCUUUAACAGAGGCGAAAAGGAGGCAUUAUGCGGUUUUCUGGCGCUCAGGUGGUUUAUUGACCGUCGUAAAAGUGCAAUACCGGUAAUUGCAUGUUUUUGCAUUACCAUUAAGGAGUAUUCGUAGCACUAUAUGAAGAUUACACUCACUGCAUAGGGCCUCCAGUCGCUGUAGGGCCCAACAUUUUUGUUAGUUACCUCUAACGUGAACUACUAAGGGUGCUAUAUAUUUGACCCAUUUACAAGGAUUUCCUAUCCAGGUGAAAUGGAGAUGUAAAACCACAUAAUGUGAUAUCUAACCCCUCAUCCAUGCUACAUUCAUAAGAAUUCCAGUUUACCACUUCCCUGAUUUUAUAGUCCUAUUUCUUGUGAUGGGUCUAACUUUCAAUACAUUCCUAUCCAUAUGAGCUACAGAUCUACAGACAAGGGCGGCACCUUUUAUUUAUUUUUUCAUUCCUCCCCUUUGAUUAUCUACAAAUUUAGCUAUUAAUUAAUGUACAGAUCUAAUUUUCAGUAGCUUCCUAUCCACAUGACAAUGACAUACUUCUAAAACUCUCGAGGUUAAGCGUCUUACCUCCCUUGUCCAUUAGUACACCCAUUAGAAUUUUUCAUUUAACUAAUUUUACAUGAAUAUUUUCUGUGAUAGGUCUAAUUUUCAAUAGCUCACUGUCCAUAUGAGCUACAGGUCAACAGAUGAGUGUGGUGGGUUCCUAGACCUCUCUUAUCAAAGGUACACCUUUUAUUUUUUUCAAAAUUCCUCACCUUUGCAUUUCUAAAAAUAUUUCACAUAUUACAGCUGUGGUUAUUAAUUUACCUACAGAUCUCAUUUUUAAUAGUUUCCAGUCCAAAUUACAUAUAUAUCUAAAACCACUUCAUAUUAGGUCCCUGACCUCCCUCCAUAGUACAAUGUUAGAAAUUACAUUUUUAAUUUGGCCAUAUGAGCUACAAAUCUUCAGACAAGUGCGGUGGGUUCCUUGACCUCUCUUAUAAAAAGUAUACCUUCCAUUUUUUUUUUAUCCUCCCCUUUUGAUUUUCUACAAAUAUUUAUCCUAUUACAGCUGUGGUUAUUAAUUCACGUACAGAUCUCAUUUUUAAUAGCUUCUUCUAGUCCGACUGACAUGCAUCUAAAACCACUUGAUAUUAUGUCACUGACCUCCCUUGUCCAUAGUACACCCAUUUAGAUUUGCUAUUUUUUAUUUCAUGGUUUUUAUAUUAAUAUUGGUUCUAUUAGGAUGUUUUCACAUAGUCCUCUUUAAAGUGAACUCUGGGGUAAAAAAACAAAAGCAGAAGAGCUCGGUUCUCUUUGUAUUCACACUGCCCUUGCCUUUGAAUGAGGACUCAACUCUUUUGCCAGUUCACUUCACCUAUUUUGUGGUCCGAGUCCUCUUUGCAUUCACAUUGCUAUGUUUAGAAAGGAAAGAUAUUUUUCCAUCAUUCACUCAAUGGAUUCUGGGUUUUUACAAAGUGCAGGACAAGCCAUUCCAUCAGAUCGUGUUAUCGGACAGCUAGAUAUACCUACUUACAUUUUGGACGCUAAUAGAUUGCGUUUAGUUAAAAGAUGAGACGUAAUAAUUACAAUCAGAAGAUAAUAUUAACAUGUAAAUGCUAUAAUGGCGAAGGUGCAUAACGAUUGAGGAAUUCAGAUAUGACGUCUUUGUUUGAGCACUAUCCUCAAUACUUUUUCAACUACGGUCACAUGGUUCAAUGUGCCUGUGAAUCAGCACAAUCAACUUUUUAAUUUUUUCAAAUUGGUGCCGUCUUGGAGCUAGAAUUGGGAUCAUAUAUACUAUGCUAAUGCUAUACAAUAAAAGAGUAACGGAGAGCACUGUACAAUAUGGCGACCUUAGCAAAUGAGGAGUUUGUGGUAAGUACAUGAGGGCGGCCAUCUUUAUACAACUUCGGCAUUGAACAUUUUACACCCAAUGUAGGCUACUGCCCCUUUAAGAGCUAACAUUGAUUUUGUGGAUAAUGCUAUCUGGGACCCUUGGGGUGUGCAUACCCUAAAUCCUAACCUUAACCCUUACCUUACCUAAUGUUGUGAUUCUCACUAGCCCAAAGUCCGGCAGAUGGCGAUAUUGAGUCGUUGGAUCAAUAUCGCCAUCAGCCGGCCUUUGGGCUAUAUUCUCACCAUAUAUGUUGUUUUCUUCUCACACUACUCAAACCCCACAAUAUAAUAAGCUUAUGAAGCUCUCUUAGCCUAUAGAUCACAUUGCAAAACUCCACACAUUUUGGAAUUUCUGUGCAUUCUUGACAAUAGCUAAUCUAUAUAUAAAAACAGCACACGUUUUUCUUCCCAUGAACUUGCACAUCAUAAUCAUCUCUCUUUUGUGGCACCAAUGUGAGGGGUUAUGGCAGGGGAAACGGUGUUGCAGUAGUCUAGUGUGUGGUGCGGGAAUAAUGACAAGCGAACCUGGGGAGCUUUGUUCACAUUGCCCUAAAAAAGGGAACCGGACCUCUCGAUGGUCUCAGUUUGGUUCGAUCGCGGGCUCUUUUGAGGGGUCUGCGUUUCUUUUGGAGUGUUCACCCUGCACAAAAACUUAAGCAACACGCACAAAAAUUGGCUGAAAGGGACCAAGUGUGAAAAGACCCUUCAAGAGGGUGCCUUCAGAAAGUAUCCACACACCUUGAUUUCUUUCCACAUUAUGUUGUGUUACAGCCUCAAUUUAAAAUGGAUUCAAUUUAGAUUUUGUCUCUGGCCUACACACAAAACCCCAUAAUGUCAAAGGGUAAUUAUGUUUUUUGAAAUGUUUCCAAAUUAAUUACAUAUGAGAAGCUUAAAUGUCUUGAGUCAAUAAGUAUUCAAACCCUUUUGUUAUGGCAAGCCUAAAUAAGUUCAGGAGUAAAAAUGUGCUUAAGUUGCAUGGACUCAAUCUGUGUGCAAUGAUGGUGUUUAAUAUUAUUCUUUAAUGACUACCUCAUCUCUAGUCGAACAGUGAAUUUCAAACACAGAUACAACCACAAAGACCAGGGAGGUUUUCCAAUGCCUCGCAAAGGGCACCUAUUGGUAGAUGGGGGGGGGGGGGGGGAAGAAAAGAAAACAGACAUUGAAUAUCCCUUUGAGCAUAUUGAAGUUAUUCAUUACACUUUGGAUGGUGUAUCAAUACAGCCUGUCACUACAAAGAUACAGGCAUCCUUCCUAACUCAGUUGCCGGAAAGGAAGGAAACCGCUCAGGGAUUUCACCAUGAGGCCAAUGGUGACUUUAAAAUAGUUAGAGUUUAAUGGCUGUGAUAGGAGUAAACUGAGGAUGAAUCAACAACAUUGUAGUUACUCCACAAUACCUAAACGACAGAGUGAAAAGAAGGAAGCUUGUACAGAAUAAAAAAUAUACCAAAACAGGCACCCUGUUUGCAAUAAGGCACUAAAUUAAAACUGCAAAAAAUGUGGCAAAGAAAUGAACUUUGUCCUGAAUACAAAGCGUUAUGUUUGGGACAAAUCUAACACAUCACUGAGUACCACUCUUCAUAUUUUCAAGCAUGGUGGUGGCUGCAUCAUGUUGUGGGUAUGCUUGUAAUCGUUAAGGACUGGGGAGUUUUUCAGGAUAAAAAAUAAACUGAAUGGAGCUAAGCACAGGAAAAUCCUAGAGGAAAACAUGGUUGUCUGCUUUCCACCAGACACUGGGAGAUGAAUUCACCUUUCAGCGCGACAAAAACCUAAAACACAAGGCCAAGUCUAAGUUGCUUACCAAGAAGACAGUGAAUGUUCAUGAGUGGCCGAGUUAGAUUUUCAAGCAGAUUUAAGUAAAAACUAUGGCAAGACCUGAAAUGGUUGUCUAGCAAUGAUCAACAACCAAUUUGACACAGCUUGAAGAAUUUUGAGAAGAAUAAUAGGAACAUUUUGCACAAUCCAGGUGUGGAAAGCUCUUAGACUUACCCAGAAAGACUCACAGCAGUAAUCAAAGCCAAAGGUGAUUGUAACAUGUAUUGACUCAGGUGGUUGAAUCCUUACGUAAUCAAGAUAUGUUAGUGUCAAGUUUUAUUUUUACGAAUAUCAAUUUUUCUUCCACUUUGACAUUCAAGUAUUUUUUUGUGAUCGUUGACCAAAAAAUGACUAUUAAAUCCAUUUUAAUCCCACUUUGUAACACAACAAAAUGGAAAAAGUCAAGGGCUGUGAAUACGUUCUGAUAACACCGUAUGUGAAAACACUGUUCUCUCCCAAUGUGUUCUCCAAUCUCAUAAAACAUUUUCAAAAAAGGCUCAGUGUCGUUAUCCUCGCAAGGAGAGGGUGCUGGAGUAUUGAAAACAGGGGUGUCAAUAACUUUGACACCUAUAUUUUAGAAUUGUUUUAAUGACUUGUUAAACAAUUUCUUUCUAUGACCAAUUGUCUUACUAUAAAAUGAUAUACAAUUUGCACACAAUUUGAAUCAUUUAUUUUAUACAGUAUUUUUUGCUCAUCUUUAUGAAGGGUGACAAUAUUUUGGUGGUGACUGUUAAAUAUGUAAAAUUAUUUAGGAUAUAAAGCUAUAGAAAAGUAUGUCUGUAUGUUAAUUAGCAACCAAAGCAGUAAUAUGAAAACUAUUUCCAAGAGGACCAGGGGAGGAAGAUUUUUUUAUAUUUUUUUAAGGUGUACCUUUGAUAAGAAAGGUCAAGGAACCCAACACACUUGUCUGUAGAUCUGUAGCUCAUGGACAGUGAGCUAUUGAAAUAUAGACAUAGCACAGAAAAUAUUCAUGUAAAAUGAAAAAUUGCAUUUCUAAUGGGUGUACUAUAGAGGAGGAAGUGACCUAAUAUCAAGUGGUUUUAGAUGUAUAUCUCAUUUGAACUGGAAGCUAUUGAAAAUUAGAUCUGUACGUGAAUUAAUAACCACAGAUGUAAUAGGAUAAAUAUUUGUAGAAAAUCAAAGGUGGAGGAACUUUGAAAGAAAUGGAAGGAGUACCUUUUGAUAAGAGGUCAAGGAACCCACCACACUUGUCUGUAGAUCUAUAGUUCAUAUGGACAGUGAGCUAUUGAAAGUUAGACCUAUCACAGGAAAUAUUCAUGUAAUAUCAGUGAAAUAAAAACAAUUGAAUUUCUAAUGGGUGUACUAUGGAGGAAGGCAACCUGAUCUCAGAUCAUUUAGUAUUAUUCUGUACAUAAAUCUGAGACACUCCAUUUUGUAUGAUAUGUUACAUUUCGUAUGGUAUGUAUUAAUUUGUGCGUGUCCAUCACCCAUUGCGUGUGAUAUGUUACGAAUUACAAUUUGUUUUAUACAGUGGGGAGAACAAGUAUUUGAUACACUGCCGAUUUUGCAGGUUUUCCUACUUACAAAGCAUGUAGAGGUCUGUAAUUUUUAUCAUAGGUACACUUCAACUUUGAGAGACGAAUCUAAAACAAAAAUCCAGAAAAUCACAUUGUAUGAUUGUGUAAUUAAUUUGCAUUUUAUUGCAUGACAUAAGUAUUUGAUCACCUACCAACCAGUAAGAAUUCCGACUCUCACAGACCUGUUCGUUUUUCUUUAAGAAGCCCUCCUGUUCUCCACUCAUUACCUGUAUUAACUGCACCUGUUUGAACUCGUUACCUGUAUAAAAUACACCUGUCCAUACACUCAAUCAAACAGACUCCAACCUCUCCACAAUGGCCAAGACCAGAGAGCUGUGUAAGGACAUCAGGGAUAAAAUUGUAGACCUGCACAAGGCUAGGAUGGGCUACAGGACAAUAGGCAAGCAGCUUGGUGAGAAGGCAACAACUGUUGGCGCAAUUAUUAGAAAAUGGAAGAAGUUCAAGAUGACGGUCAAUCACCCUCAGUCUGGGGCUCCAUGCAAGAUCUCACCUCGUGGGGCAUCAAUGAUCAUGAGGAAGGUGAGGGAUCAGCCCAGAACUACGCGGCAGGACCUGGUCAAUGACCUGACGAGAGCUGGGACCACAGUCUCAAAGAACCAUUAGUAACACACUACGCCGUCGUGGAUUAAAAUCCUGCAGCGCACGCAAGGUCCCCCUGCUCAAGCCAUCGCAUGUCCAGGCCUGUCUGAAGUUUGCCAUUGACCAUCUGGAUGAUCCAGAGGAGGAAUGGGAGAAGGUCAUGUGGUCUGAUGAGACAAAAAUAGAGCUUUUUGGUCUAAACUCCACUCGCCGUGUUUGGAGGAAGAAGAAGGAUGAGUACAACCCCAAGAACACCAUCCCAACAGUGAAGCAUGGAGGUGGAAACAUCAUUCUUUGGGGAUGCUUUUCUGCAAAGGGGACAGGACGACUGCACCGUAUUGAGGGGAGGAUGGAUGGGGCCAUGUAUCGUGAGAUCUUUCCCUCAGUAAGAGCAUUGAAGAUGGGUCAUGGCUUGGUCUUCCAGCAUGACAACGACCCAAAACACACAGCCAGGGCAACUAAGGAGUGGCUCCGUACGAAGCAUCUCAAGGUCCUGGAGGGGCCUAGCCAGUCUCCAGACCUGAACCCAAUAGAAAAUCUUGAGGGAGCUGAAAGUCCGUAUUGCCCAGCGACAGCCCCGAAACCUGAAGGAUCUGGAGAAGGUCUGUAUGGAGGAGUGGGCCAAAAUCCCUGCUGCAGUGUGUGCAAACCUGGUCAAGACCUACAGGAAACGUAUGAUCUCUGUAAUUGCAAACAAAGGUUUCUGUACCAAAUAUUAAGUUAUGCUUUUCUGAUGUAUCAAAUACUUAUGUCGUGCAAUAAAAUGCAAAUGAAUUACUUAAUCAUACAAUGUGAUUUUCUGGAUUUUUGUUUUAGAUUCCAUCUCUCACAGUUGAAGUGUACCUAUGAUAAAAAAACUACAGACCUCUACAUGCUUUGUAAGUAGGAAAACCUGCAAAAUCGGCAGUGUAUCAAAUACUUGUUCUCCCCACUGUAUGUUACUAAUAAGCAAAACAUAUGAUAUGUUAUGAAUUCUAUCUAGGUGGCUAUGUGGAUAACGUUAGCUAGGAUAAGGGUUAGGAUUUAGGUUAAAAUAGGAAUUCUAAUGGAUGUAUAAUGGAUUAGGGACAUCAGUGACUUUGCUACAAGUGAUUUUAGCUCUCUAGGUCAUGCAAGUAUGCUACAGUAGUUUGCGUACGAGUGAGAAAGAUCAUAGGCUUAUUUAUGUUUUUUGAGUAUUACAUUUUACCUAAAAAUAUAUUAUUUUUUAAAUAAACAACAUUACAUUUUUAAAUGUAAUUAUUGUCGUGGGAAAACAAAGUUGGUUUCGGAUCUCUAGAUCAUUUUAAUUGUAAAAUAAAUACAUACAUAAUAAUAAUCAAGUUUUUCUGUGAACACCAGGUUCGGCUGAUUGCACUUUUAAGACGCCCUGAGUCCAUAAUGGGAUGUGGUCCUCUGUAGCUCAGCUGGUAGAGCACGGCGCUUAUAACGCCAAGGUAGUGGGUUCGAUCCCCGGGACCACCCAUACACAAAAAAAAUGUAUGCACGCAUGACUGUAAGUCGCUUUGGAUAAAAGCGUCUGCUAAAUGGCAUAUUAUUAUUAUUAUUAUUAUUAUUAUUAUUAUUAUUAUUAUUAUAAUAUUCCCCCAUUGAAACCAACUUAGUCACUUUUUGAAAACGGAAUGGAGAAAAAAUGGCUGUACCUUGCUCUCUAGCAUCAUCUGAUUCUAGAUAUAUCACCCUAAUGAUUAUAGUACCUUCUGUCGAAGAGGUAUUUACGAGUAAACUCCAAAUAUCAAACCAAUAUCCAAACUGAAAACACAUUUACUGUGAUUUCUAGUUCUAGGGUAAAAUGGGCAUUGCAUUAAUAGAGAUCCUAUUAAAUUACUAUUCUAAUUCCUAAUGCUAUUGUUGCAUGUCUAGUGGUAAUUGUUGUUCACAACACUUGCAUCCCCUUUCUACUGUGGGGUUCGGGUGCUUAGCCCAAAGACAGACCAAUUUUGUGUUUCCUCUCGGAGUCGGACCCAAAACAAGUAAAAAGUUCCAGGGACGUGGACUUUCCCUGAUUUGGGGUCAGCAGGCUUUUUGGAGCUGCAUCAAUAAAACAAUGAUUAAACAUAACAAUUUAUAAUUCUCCUUCCCAAAAUAAACUGUUUGAUUAUUCAGAAGUUAUCGUUUCUGUUCUUCCCAAGUCCUUAGUGUCAGCCCUAUCUAUUAAAAAAGAAUUUCCCUAGUAUAACACCAUGGUUAAAGCCAUUGUCUCACUCCACACCGGUGUUGCAAUGGAAAUUGCAACCAUAUUAUUUGGGGUGGGUGCAUAUAUACUGUAUUAGCCCUAUUACACACACACACGUACAAGUGUGUAAUUUAUAUGCAUGUGUAAAUUGGAAAAUGUUUUUUUUUUUUGCAUAUCCCACUCUCCCCGAGACACCCUCGGAGCAUGGGGUCACAGCCCAGAUUUGCCAUGUCAUUACUAAAGUGAGGGAAAAAAUUAUUUGAUCCCCUGCUGAUUUUGUACGUUUGCCCACUGACAAAGAAAUUAUCAGUCUAUAAUUUUAAUGGUAGGUUUAUUUGAACAGUGAGAGACAGAAUAACAACAAAAAAAUCUCCUCUGAAUCAUUCAGAUGUUCAUUGGCAAACUUCAGACGGGCCUGUAUAUGUGCUUUCUUGAGCAGGGGGACCUUGCGGGCGCUGCAGGAUUUCAGCCCUUCACGGCGUAGUGUGUUACCAAUUGUUUUCUUGGUGACUAUGGUCCCAGCUGCCUUGAGAUCAUUGACAAGAUCCUCCCAUGUAGUUCUGGGCUGAUUCCUCACCGCUCUCAUGAUCAUUGCAACUCAACGAGUUGAGAUCUUGCAUGGCGCCCCAGACCGAGGGAGAUUGACAGGUCUUUUGUGUUUCUUCCAUUUGUGAAUAAUCGCACCAACUGUCGUCACCUUCUCACCAAGCUGCUUGGCGAUGGUCUUGUAGCCCAUUCCAGCCUUGUGUAGGUCUACAAUCUUUUCCCUGACAUCCUUGGUGAGCUCUUUGGUCUUGGCCAUGGUGGAGAGUUUGGAAUCUGAUUGAUUGAUAGCUUCUGUGGACAGGUGUCUUUUAUACAGGUAACAAGCUGAGAUUAGGAGCACUCCCUAGUGUGCUCCUAAUCUCAGCUCUUUACCUGUAUAAAAGACACCUGGGAGCCAGAAAUCUUUCUGAUUGAGAGGGGGUCAAAUAGUUAUUUCCCUCAUUUAAAAUGCAAAUCAAUUUAUAACAUUUUUGACAUGCGUUUUUCUGGAUUUAUUUGUUGUUAUUCUGUCUCACUGUUCAAAUAAACCUACCAUUUAAAAUUAUAGACUGAUCAUGUCUUUGUCAGUGGGCAAACGUACAAAAUCAGCAGGGGAUCAAAUACCUUUUUCCCUCACUGUAUGACUACUCCAAGGUUUUACAGAGACUACUAUAUCAUUUCAUUGUUCAAGUUCUAGCUAAUUAAUCCUUUCUUUUUCACUUCAGACCACCAACAGCUCAACGCCACAGAAGAGGAGGUUCCCCCUGAGCAGCAGCACUGUGAGCAGGAAAGGAGCCCCAGUCUGGGGCAAGAUGACUCCGAGCCCACACAGAUUAAAGAGGAACAGGUGGUACUCAGGACCAGCCAAAAGCUGAAGUAUAAUACCAAAGACUCUGUAUUGACUCAUCCCUGUGUGAAAAGUGAGUAUGAUGAGUAUCCAACUCAGUCCUCACAUUUUAACAAAACCCAAAGUAAAGCAUGCAAGAACAGAGACUCUUCAACUAAACAGAUAAAAACUGAACCUCAUGAGGACUCUUCAGAACCAACCAGUGACUCUCAGGCCCUCUCUUUAGUAAAUCCAGGCUCUUCUGCAUCUCAGAAUGAAAACCGUGGAAGUGUUGAUGCGAAGUGGAGUGGAGGAUCUCUGGGGGCUUUAAAGAUGCGCAAAUCAAAGAGGACACGGACAGAAAAAGAACAAAUCCCUACUUGUUGUAAGGUGUGUGGAAGGUCUUGUCACUCCAUGCGUACGUUAUUGACUCAUUUGAAAAGUCACAGAAAAGAUGAGGAACAUAUUUGUGGUGUGUGUGGAAAAAGAUGUCCAUCCCUAGAAAGUGUGAUGGAUCACAUACAAACUCACAUGACGUCCCAUCUGAAACCACCUAGUGAAUGCCCUGCUGGUCCUUGUUGUAAGGUGUGUGGAAGGCCUUGUCACUCCUUUGGGGCUUUAUUGAGACAUUUGCGAAGACACAGAAAAGAUAAGGAACACAUUUGUGGUGUUUGUGGAAAAAGCUGUCAAUCCCUAAAA